AUGCUCCUGAAAUUCGGUCUUUUGUCUCUCCUAGCCCCCGCGGCUAUCGAGGCCGCUAGCCUCCAACGCACACACUGUGGAACGAAGGCUCCCAGUCAAGAAUUCGUCAAAAUGUCUCACGAUUUUGCGGCUGCAGAGGCAAGAGCAGAUUUUAGUGCUGUCGUUGAACGAGCUGCAACGAAUGUGAACACUUACAUCCACAUCAUUGCCGCUGACAGGACCUACCAAGGUGGUUAUGUUGAUCAACGAACCAUUGAUGCCCAGAUGAAGAUGCUCAACGACAAUUUCGGCCGCACCGGGUUUCAGUUCACUCUGCGAAACGUCUCGUACACCGUCGACCCCUACUACGCCAAACUGAGGAACCAACAAGAUGAAUAUGAAAUCAAGAGACGACUUCGCCAGGGCUCAUACAGUGAUCUCAACUUGUACUAUCACGUCAACAUGUGGACUGGCAACACUGGAUGGUGCUACUACCCAGCCAGUGUCAGCCAAGGCAGCUGGGACUUCAUCAGAGACGGCUGCACAAUGCACGUUGGAACCAUGCCUGGUGGCUCGUACUCCCCCUGGAACCAAGGCAAGCUUACCUCGCAUGAGGUUGGGCACUGGAUGGGUCUGAUGCAUACCUUUGAGAAUGGCUGUGGAGGAUACGGCGACUCGGUUGAUGACACCCCUGCUUCGUCUUCCCCUUCAUACGGUUGCCCUACCGGCAGGGACUCUUGCAGCCAGCCUGGUGUUGAUCCUAUUCAUAACUUUAUGGAUUAUAGCGAUAAUGCCUGCCAAUACGAGUUCACCAAUGGACAGAUUCAGCGAAUGAGGAGCUGGUUCGAUUACUACCGUGGCUAA